UCCUCCCUAUGAAAGUGCACUACAUGCAUGAAGGCGUCAUGUCCUCUCUACCCUAUGUAGUGCACUCCGUCUGCGGCAGGCUGUAAUUUGGGACGCGGCCAGCGCUGAGCAUCGCUGUGGGAAAAUGGCGGACAGAGCGCCAGGCGGGACGCCGAAGGCCAGCUCAAAGGCUUUGUUGGAAAGUAAACUGAAGGCCUUCAGCAUCGGGAAAAUGGCUGUGGCUAAAAGAACUCUGAGUAAAAAGGAGCAGGACGAGCUGAAGAAGAAGGAGGAUGAGAAAGCAGCUGCAGAAAUCUAUGAGGAAUUCCUCGCUGCCUUUGAGGGAGGUGAAGGUCGAGUGAAAACUUUUGUCCGAGGAGGAAUCGCCAACGCCACUAAAGAGGAAGCUGCAGCCGAUGACAAGAGAGGAAAACUUUACAAACCCAAAUCCAAAAUUCUGGAAGCAAAAACUUUUUUACCGCUGGAAACUCCUCCCCAGUUUCUCGCUUUAGACAAACGCAAUGCUUUGAAGAAAGCGGAGAAAGAGAAGAAAAAGAGCAACCUGGAGCUUUUCAAAGAAGAGCUGAAACAGAUCCAGGAGGAGCGAGAUGAACGUCACAGGAUGAAGGGACGAGUCAGUAGAUUUGAGCCUCUGCCCAAUGUGGAAGGAAGACGAUCCUUUUUAGAUGAAUCUGCUCCAGGCUCACAUGAUGUUGGAGAUCCUACAACCACAAACCUGUACCUGGGCAACAUAAACCCUCAGAUGAACGAGGAGAUGUUGUGUCAGGAGUUUGGACGCUACGGGCCGUUGGCAAGUGUGAAGAUCAUGUGGCCCAGGACUGACGAGGAGAGAGCCCGAGAGAGAAACUGUGGUUUUGUGGCCUUCAUGACGAGGAGAGAUGCAGAACGAGCGCUUAAACAUUUAAAUGGAAAAAUGAUAAUGAACUUUGAAAUGAAGCUGGGAUGGGGCAAAGGCGUGCCAAUUCCCCCCCACCCCAUCUACAUCCCUCCAUCCAUGAUGGAGCACACGCUCCCUCCUCCACCCUCUGGUCUGCCCUUCAACGCUCAGCCCAAAGAGAGGCUGAAGAACCCCAACGCUCCCAUGCCCCCCCCUCCCAAGAACAAAGAAGAGUUCGAGAAGACUCUGUCGCAAGCCAUAGUCAAAGUGGUUAUCCCAACAGAAAGGAAUUUACUCUCUCUAAUCCACCGGAUGAUCGAGUUUGUGGUGCGUGAAGGUCCUAUGUUUGAGGCCAUGAUCAUGAACAGAGAAAUUAACAACCCCUUGUACAGGUUUUUAUUUGAGAAUCAGAGCCCAGCUCACGUGUAUUAUCGUUGGAAGUUGUACUCCAUCCUGCAGGCAAAUUCUCCGACUAAAUGGAGGACAGAGGACUUCAGGUUGUUUAAGAACGGCUCAUUGUGGCGACCGCCUCCUCUGAACCCGUACCUGCACGGCGCACCUCAGGAGGAGGAGAACGAGGAAGAUGAGGAGGAAGAAGGGAUCAAGAAAGGAUCUUUGAAAGACGACGAGAGAGAUAAACUAGAGGAGAUUUUGCGAGGUCUCACCCCCAGGAGGAGUGACAUUGCAGAGGCCAUGCUGUUCUGUCUCACUCACGCUGACGCUGCAGAGGAGAUUGUCGAGUGCAUCACAGAGUCUCUGUCCAUCCUGAAAACACCGCUUCCUAAAAAAAUUGCGAGGUUAUAUUUGGUCUCUGAUGUGUUGUAUAACUCCUCGGCUAAAGUCUCUAACGCCUCCUAUUAUCGGAAAUUCUUUGAGAAUAAAUUGUGUCAGAUAUUCUCUGAUCUCAACGCCACCUUUAAGACGAUACAGGGCCACUUACAGUCUGAGAAUUUUAAGCAAAGAGUGAUGUCGUGUUUCCGAGCGUGGGAGGAGUGGGCUGUGUAUCCUGAUCCGUUCCUCAUCAAACUCCAGAACAUUUUCCUGGGACUCGUCAGUCUCGAUCCAGAAAAGGAGACAGAAGUGCCUGAGCCCACUGAACAGGCUGACGAUUUGGAUGGUGCCCCCAUCGUGGAAGAGGAGUUGGAUGGAGCUCCUUUAGAGGAUGUUGAUGGUACACCAAUCGAUGGAGCUCCACUAGAUGGCGCUGUGCUCGAGGACCUGGAUGGCGUUCCAAUAAAAGGAUCAGAGGAAGAACUGGACGGCCUUCCUCUGGACGGGCCGAAACCUGGGUUUAAAAUGGCUCCCUCUAAGUGGGAGGAAGUGGACGGAGCUGCUCUCGAGGCUCAGGCUGUAACUACGUCAAAGUGGGAAAUCUUUGAUUUGCCUGAAGAGUCUGAGAAAAGUGAUGAGAGCAGGAAUACACAUGAGGCUGAUGUGAAGGAGACUGUGAAGAGUUCCUCGUCAGAACCACAGUCUCACGCCCAGCCUGCUAAAGAGGAGCAUCAGGACUCUAAGUCGGCCAAACUCUCAGAGAUGAGUGAAGAGAAACGCGCUAAACUGCGGGAGAUUGAGCUCAAAGUGAUGAAGUUUCAGGAUGAGCUGGAAUCCGGAAAACGGCCCAAAAAAUCUGGCCAGAGCAUUCAGGAGCAGGUGGAGCUCUACAGGGACAAACUACUGCAGAGGGAAAAGGAAAAAGAAGUGGAGAAAGAUAAAGAGAAGGAAAAAGAGAAAAAGGACAAAGACAAAUCUGACGUAACUCAUAAAGAGAAGGAAAAAGAGGACUCAUCGUCCAACAGAAAGGAAAAGAAGCGCAGACACAGUCCGUCUCCCAGUCCAAGUCGCAGCAGCAGCAGCAGCGCACGUCGUGUCCGAUCUCCAUCACCGCGCUCUGAGCGCUCCGACCGCUCCGACCGCACUCACACCAAGGACAGCUCACGCUCCACCUACAGAGACUCGCCCAGAGACAGCAGCCGAAAAUCCUCCAAACGAUCGCCCUCUCCCUCCGCCACACCCAAACGCUCCCGCAGGUCCAGAUCACGAACACCCAAAAAAUCCUCCAAGAAAUCCCGUUCCCGUUCCCGGUCACCACACCGCUCACACAAAAAAUCCAAAAAGAGCAAACACUGAGAAAUGUCGUCGUAUCUUCUGUGCCUCAGUUUCAUCUCAUCAGUGCGUGUAGGAAGCAUCCACGUUUCUCCUCUUCCUCCGUGAGGUUCAGUUCCACAUGCACGCCUGCGGUUCCGUGUGAUCAGGGCUCUGCACUGGGCUUUAUACCAGCGAGCUCUGCUCAAGUGCUCUCAGAACAAUGUGGUAUUUUUGCUCGUGGUUUUUAGGUCCCUGUAAAAAUGACGUAAAUUAAAAUAGUGUAUGUUUCAGUUGUAUAGAUGUUUUGAUUUUCAAUAAAGACACGGCGUAUGUGAA